UUCGGCCCCGCCCCCUCCCGUGGGAAUGUGCACCUUGGAUUGCUCGCAGGUGCGAAGGAUGAGCGACUGCCGUGGGGUCGCAGAGAAAAACAAGGAUGAGGGAAAAACACCCCAAAUUCAACCGGACAUCAUUCUGGCUAAGAAAGUGCAGGUUAAGUUUGGGAGUGCCGAGGGACUGCAAAAGCAGAUUGGGAACUUCAACAACAACUGCAGGAAAGAAACUAUUCGUUUUGAAGGCAGAGACUUCCCACAAGUCCAGCCAACGGGAAGGGCUGGAGAAAACCGGAACGCAUGCGAUGUGUGUGGGAAGCACUUCAAAGAUGAGUCCAACCUUAAAAGACAUCACAGAAGCCACACAGGAGAAAAACCUUACCUGUGCGUGUACUGUGGGAAAACCUUCAGCCGGAACGCAAAUCUCGCUUCGCAUCACAGGACCCACACAGGGGAGAAACCGUAUGCCUGCACGCGUUGCAGCAAGACUUUCUGUGAUAAAUCGAGCCUGAAUCGACACCAGAGGACCCACACCGGGGAAAGGCCGUACGAGUGUGAGGCCUGCGGCAGAUGCUUUGACCUGAGCCAGUCCCUGAUUAGUCAUCAGAGGAUACAUACAGGGGAGAGACCGUAUCAGUGCUCAGAAUGUGGCAAAACUUUCAACCGAAGCCAAAACCUGCGUAGUCACCAAAUAAUUCACACGGGAGAAAAACUGCAUAAGUGCUCGGAGUGCGGGAAGAGCUUUAGUCGCAGCCAGAAUCUGACCAGGCACUUGAGUAGCCACACGGACAGCAAACUGUACACGUGCUAUGAGUGUGGGAAAAGUUUUCGCCUGAGCCAGUAUCUUAUUAGCCAUCAAAGGGUCCACACGGGAGAGAAACCGUAUACAUGUUCCCAGUGUGGGAAAAGUUUCAACCUCAGCCAAAAUCUGAUCAGCCACCAACGAAUACACACGGGGGAGAAACGAUACCAGUGUUCCAAAUGUGGGAAAAGCUUCAGCUGGAGUCAGGAUCUGCUCCGCCACCAGAGGAUCCACACAGGGGAGCAACCGUAUCAUUGCUCGGAAUGGUGCCCCUCGCUGAGAUCUUCUGCUCAUGCCACCUGCUUCUCCCAAGCUCCGAUGUUGCAGGUGGCAACCCCAAUGGAGGCCCAGAAUACGAUGACUAGGAACCAGGCCUUCCUGGUGGUGGCCACAACCCUGUGGAACGCCCUGACAUAG